GGCGGCCGGCGGGGCGGAGUUAAACAACUUGUCACAGUCCUGCUUGGCCGACGCUCAGAUAUGCGUUCAGCGACACUGGUUGACCCUUUGUGAGGGUUAAAGUGCUUCUGCUUCCACCCGUGGCCGUCGUUCGGUGCUGCUGGCGCUGCGCAAAAAUGAUGCGCUUCCUGCUGCUCUUCAGCCGCCAGGGGAAGCUCCGUCUGCAGAAGUGGUUCCUGCCCACGUUGGAGCGAGACAAGAAGAAGAUCACCAGGGAAAUGACCGCCAUGGUGCUGGCGCGGCCGCCGCGCACCUGCAACUUCCUGCACUGGAAGGACCUCAAAAUCAUCUACAAGAGAUACGCAAGCCUGUACUUCUGCUUGGCGAUAGAGGACAAGGAGAACGAGCUGCUAGCCCUGGAGAUAAUUCACCGCUACGUGGAGCUUCUGGACAAAUACUUUGGCAAUGUGUGCGAGCUGGACAUUAUCUUUAACUUCGAGAAGGCCUAUUUUAUCCUGGAUGAGUUUCUGAUGGGAGGGGAGGUACAGGAAACCUCCAAGGAGAGUGUGAAUCGUUGCAUUGAAGCUUCAGACAUGCUGCAGGAGGAUGACAGCAGUGAGUGGUAUGAGGUGGAGCUGUUUGGAUGACCUUGAAUAUGGACAGACAGACUAUGGAGGAGUAUAUGAGCAAACCUGCGUUUUAACUGGGCACACUGUAACGGGGAGGAGCACAGGAGCCAAUUGUACUGUACUGUCAGAGACGUUUCUGAAUAUGCAACACGUUGAUUUAUACAGAGCAUUUUUAAAGAUGGUACGGGGGGAAUAGCAUGCUUUCUCUGCCUGAAGUAUUGCUGCACUAUUUCUUAAUUUGAGAGUUUGUCAAUGUCUAAUAUUUAUUCAAGAACUCGAAUGUAGGAUGAGGGAUGUGUUGACAUUUUCUAAAGUGUAAAUUAAGUAGUAAUAGGAGGGGGGGGGGGUAUAAAAAUCAUGAGGAUGAAGUGAUCUUAUAUUUACAACCUUUUUCUUGCCUUUAGAUUGAAAUUCUGUUAAUGUUUAAAGUUUCUUCUUUCCACAAAACCAGUGCAUUGAUUGAGUUAAUUUAUUGUGGGGGGUAAAAAAAAACGUGUGAUUUUUGGGGCACAUGGCUAAUUCUAAAUGAGCUUAAAUCUUUGUAACACUGCUUGUGUGAGACGUUCGUCUUUAGACACGCUUUUUUUAUAUAAUGUAUGUAUGAUGUUAGAGCUUAUGAAUAAAAUAUGUAUUUUGGUAAACAUUU